CGACUAUCAUUGACACUUCUGUCGAACGACAGCAACAUGCGGUGGUCUGACAAGCCGUGGGAUUCGUUUUGAUACGGAGCGGACUUGCGUACGAGGCACAGGCAGCGAGGCAACCCGUAGCAAGCGUCACGCCUUGUCGAGGAAUUAACCGACAUCCAUGAGGACAGAGGGAAUGGCAGUGUUCAAGCAACAAAAAGUGGAGGAUUUCUAUGAAAUCGGCGAAGAGCUGGGGAGUGGGCAGUUCGCCAUCGUGAAGCGCUGCCGGGAGAAGAGCACGGGCCUCAGCUUCGCCGCCAAGUUCAUCAAGAAGCGGCAGAGCCGGGCGAGCCGGCGCGGGGUGUCCCGGGAGGAGAUCGAGCGCGAGGUCAACAUUCUGCAGGAGCUCCAGCACCCCAACAUCGUCACACUGCACGAUGUCUUCGAGAACCGCACCGACGUGGUGCUCAUCCUGGAACUGGUCUCUGGAGGCGAGCUCUUCGAUUUCCUGGCACAGAAGGAAUCUCUGUGUGAGGAGGAGGCCACACAGUUCAUCAAGCAGAUCCUGGAAGGGGUCCACUACCUGCACUCCAAGAAGAUCGCACACUUCGAUCUCAAGCCCGAGAACAUAAUGCUUCUGGAUAAGAACGUUCCCCUGCCGAGGAUCAAAAUCAUCGAUUUUGGCCUUGCUCACAGAAUUGAAGAAGGAGUGGAAUUCAAAAACAUUUUUGGAACUCCUGAAUUUGUUGCUCCUGAGAUUGUCAACUAUGAGCCACUAGGAUUAGAAGCAGAUAUGUGGAGCAUAGGAGUCAUUACUUAUAUCCUACUGAGCGGCGCUUCGCCUUUUCUGGGUGAAACCAAACAGGAAACGCUGGCCAACAUCUCGGCCAUGAACUACGAGUUCGACGAGGAGUUCUUCAGCCACACCAGCGAGCUGGCCAAGAGUUUCAUCAGACAGCUGCUGGAGAAGAACACGAGGAAAAGACUGACAAUUCAAGAUGCUCUCAAUCAUCCCUGGAUUAAGCCCUUGAACCCGAGACAGGCCCUGGUUCGUCGGCUGUCCGUCAUCAAUCUGGAAAACUUCAGGAGACAGUACGCCCGUCGCAGGUGGAAGCUGUCCUUCAGAAUCGUCGCUCUCUGCAAUCAUUUAACCCGCAUGAUGAGGAAAGAGCCGCCCAAACUGGAGGACGACACGAGAGACUGUGAGAGUGACCAGGAGGAUGAGACCCUGAAGAGAAGACCCCGAACCAGGAAGAGGAGCAGCACAUCCUGAAUUUGGCUCUCCAUAACCUUCCACAUACACCCCCCCUCACCUUCAUCUCCAUCCCAGAUGGGUGCUGACGUUUUAACAAUGCACCAAGCACAUUAGAGAAUGAAGGUGAUGCAGAAUGAACUCGUGGGGUGUACACAUUGUGAGUUAGGGCCCAAACCCACAGACCUCAAACAUCAGCAGUCCUCGUUCACUGGAGACCACCCUCAUUUUGCUUCAAACAUGAAAGGUCUUCUGAAAAGUGUAGUACAAACAAGAGUACAGACUAGGUAGGGAAGAUUUGGCAGAUUAUGAAUUUGCUUCUAAAGCUUCUGCAUGUAGAGUUAUAUUGCUUUUAAAGCUUGGCUGUGUAGAUUUGCAUUGUACAGCUGUCAGAGUAAUUGAGCUAAACUUCUGAAGACUUAAACUAAAGACUAAAGAGAUAAACAGAUGUAAAUUGUAAGUAUAGAAAGCACGUAGAAAGCAAGUGCCUUAGCAACCAGAAGGUUCCAUAGGCUCUGGGUGGAAGUGAAUCCAUUUGAAUAUGUGCUGAAACACAGGAUCAAUGUAAAUGUAUUUUAGUAUUAUGUGGUGGAGCUGUCUGCAAGUUGUUUUGCUAUACCAAAUUAACACUGCCCUCAAAUAACUGGGGCCCUUUAACAAAUGCUGCAGAUAGCCAGAUACUUAUCAUUAAAUGCCUUGCUGAAGUAGGGGCCAUCUCAACAGUAGAAUAUACAUACUAGUGACCGGAGAGUGAGGCUUCAUGAACCUCAAAGUAGGUGGAGGUAUUAUGCAGAAUCCAAUCAUAGUGUUUUACUGUGGAGAAUAAAGAAAUUGAUUCACACCAGUCAGCGAUUAACUCCCCCAUCACUACCAGUUACCAUGUGUGGCUGAAAGUGAUUUUAAAAGAUAUAAACACUCUCCACUUUUCCAACAGAUAAACAAGCUGUAUUAACCAUAAUAGCUGCAUUACUAAAAUGAACGUAGCCCUGUGCUAAGUGCUGCAGAGGUUUUUGAUUCAUUUUAAACAAAUGCCACAGUGCUAAUUUGAAGUAAUCGCUGAAGUUCAGUGGGUAACAGUUACACCAUGAGCUGCCUGGACGAUACUGUGUGACUGGUGGUGAUGUAAUGGCUCUGCAUUAGGACCAUGAGACAGGGGUUUUCCAUGACCCCUCUGCUGUUAGAUUCAGCAGUGUGUGUUCAUGUGUUGAGAAAAAGUGACCCCUGUUAAUAUCCCUAUGGAAGUUUGAGUAGUUCUGAUACUACAGCACGACCCCUUCCCCUUUUUUAAUCAUUAGGGGGUUUUCAUUUAAUUGUGUACCUGUUUUGGUAUUAGAUACAAAGCUUGAGAAAACCCAGUUCCUGUGGUUUCAAAAACAGGAAAUGAUCAGGUGGUAAACCCCAGCAACAUCCUGUCAGUCACAUCACUGUUUACCAAUCACAGGGCUGACUGAGUGUGAGUCAUAAGGACCUGCAAAGCAGACUCAACGCAUUGAAGUCACAUAACUGUGUCUUCCAGACCAGUUAAGUCUGCUGAUGUGUCCAAUCAGUAUUCCAAGACUUCCUUCCUUCCAGAAUCCAUUAGAAUCCAUGUACUUCGCUAUUCCUGCACAACAUUGUCUUAGAUACGAUUGAAGAAGACCCUGGCAGAGGAGGAAGGGGGACUCAGCUGAAAAAUAUGUGUGGACAGAAUACUGACUUACAAAACAGCUGUGUGGAAUUGUGGAAAUUUCAAAGGGGAGGACAUUAAUGUUGAAAUCCCUGCAGCCCUGAAAAUGGGGUUUUUGCCAUGAUCUACAUCCAUGCAUUUUUUUUCUUGAACCAGUCCUCAGUCUCCUGUCUCCUGUGAAUGCCACAUCCUUUGUUUGCCUGAUGUGUUUCUCUGGAGGACUGUAAGCUACAGACCAGAAUGGCCAGGGGUGGUAGUACAGCUACCUGAAGUGCCCACAGCAGGACACUUUCAUCUGAGCCCUUAAUUAUUAAUAUUAUAUUAUUAAAGUAUUUUUGAGGUCUUAAUGCUAAUUAACUCUGGUGACCAUGUUCUUGCAGUGCCCUACAUUUCAUCUUUCAAACUCUGAAUCUCAUGAAUGCAUUAAUUUAGAGAUGUAUCAAUUAUGUAAUUGCUGUCCAAGUUUGGAUAGAGCUAAGACUAGAGUCCCUGUUUAAGGCUAAUUUUCCUUUAUGUACAUGUAUCUAUCUGUGCUCUGAUCACAGACCUCACGGUUUCUCUCAGUGCCUAAUAUGAAAUGUAUUUAUCAACCUAAUUGAAAUCUUCAGAACAUCCCCCCAGACUCUAAAAAUGACUCUUAAGGGUUGGCUCUGAAGCACUGUCAUUUCAUGUCUUGAGUUGUAUUGCACAGAAUUUGUCAGAGACAAAUGAAGAGGACAGUGUUGGGCAGAAUGGGAGGGAGGGGCUUUCACUGUGAUGUGUUUGCAUUUAUAUUUUUAUGUCUAAUUUGUGUGUUAACAUUGAGUCUGGAUGCAUGUGUUCUGUCUAUAUCAGUGGGCGCUCACGACCAUGAAAUGAGAGAUUCUGAAAAUGCCAUUUUAAAAAGUUAGUAGACCUAAACCUGAUGAAUUUGCCAUAAAUAAUAUAAAUUACUCAUCAGCAGCUGAUUCCUUCAUAUUAUUCCUUUUUAACAUUAGAGUGGACUUCAGACAGCCAUAGUUAAGACUGUCCUCCAGCCUCUUUCUUUUGUUAAAAAUCAUUCAGAUUCAUAUUAUUUAAACUAAUCCAAUGUGAAGUGUAUAAAAACAACUCUUCCACAUGAGUGGAAUUAAAAGGGAAUCAGUUGCCACUUAUUUAAACUGGCACUUUUUAUUAAUCACACACAAAGGCUCAGGAUAAUGAGCGUUUUAUCGUGUUUAUAAUCUGUUUCAUGCUCAGGAGCCUCCACUGGUUUUUACUGUUUACAGCAUGUGUCCAUACCUUAAUGCCGCUGCUCUCAAACCCUGUUCUGGGGGGAGUGUCCAGUCUGUGCCAUUUCCUGUUUACAGGGUGUGCCUUUGUUCUGACCUCACUUCCUGUGUCUGAAUGUCACAGAAAGGGCUGACUCAGUUUAGUGUUGUGUUUUUCUUUUUU